AUGUACUCCAUAAAUGAUCGUUAUGCAUGCACGAAACACGGUUCGUACGCCACAGGCUUGCUGGACUCAUACUCUUUGAACAGUUCUUUGGGUUUGUUCUACGCUGCUAGUCCGUACGACUCCUAUGCAGUUGGGUACUAUGUCAACGAUGAUGUUUCCCUCGGAGGUCAUACCGUCAAGCAACUUGCAUUUGCAGCUUGCUCGAACACUAACAGAGACAUUGGUACACUUGGGCUCGGGUUCGCAAUUAAUGAGGUUACUUUAUUAGGAUACGUGAAACACUACUACAACCUUCCUAUUCGUCUUAGGCAGGAUGGCACAAUCAGAAAAAUUGCCUACUCUAUUUUUUUAAACGAAAAGGACCACGGCUCGCUUCUUUUUGGGGCAGUUGACCACUCAAAGUACUCUGGCCAGCUUCAGAGGGUGCAAAUGCUCAACAGAUUUAAGAUCAUGAGCAAAACCGGCCCUGUUUUGCCUGAGAUUGCUUUGAGCAGUAUACUGGGAGAUGGAUUCAGCGUUAGAAAGAGAAUUGCUGUCUCUUUAGCAAGCAGAAAUUCAGGAAACACCUUGCCAGAGGCCUACACUUCAGAGUUAGGUAAGCGCUUAAACGGGACGUUGAACUCGUACGGCUACUGGGCAGUAUCGUGUGACUUGCAGGACGUUGAUGACAAAAUAGAGUUUGACUUCAGUGGUGCAAAAAUCAAGGUGCCGGUAAGUGACCUUGUGGUUGAGUCAGAAUCGGGGUCCUCGUGUUUCUUGAACAUCAGAACCAAUGAGAUGUUUCCCAGCUUGGGUGGCAGUUUCCUUCGUAACGCUUACGUUGUUUACGACAUGGAGGAUUACGAGGUAGCACUUGCACAAGCAGCUGACGGCGCAAGCGAAGUGAACAUUGAGGAGAUCUCCAAUGCUAUUCCUAGUGCUGUUGCAGCCGAGGGUUUCAAUGAUACCUCUGUCGACUACUACCUCAAUUACACCGGCACCCUGUGGGAGACGUUUGCAGCAGACGAUGCUUCCAUCACCAGUCUUUUUUCGUCUCUGUCCAAGGGAAUGGCUCCUGCCGGCGCCGUUGGCCCUAUUUUCAGUGUCCUCAGUGCCCUCUGUGCCAUGUUGUUCUUCUAA